CGAGGUACGCGUAUCUCUCAACCUUCAGGUACAGGUUGCCAAACAGUUUCUCAAUGAUUGAUAGGCUCAUACCAGUGCAGGUUUCCCGGCCGACUUGAUGAUAGUGAUCAUUCGACGACGUCAAAAAUUGCUCAACGUUGCACUCUGUGACGUGUGCAUGACGAACAGCUCCAGGCCUGUCUGAAUAUUUGAAUCGAUCAGUGCAAUGAUGCUCAGGCCUCAGGGUCUCUGCGAAUCCACCGUCCAAAUGUGGGUAUGACUAAUCCAGAACAACAAAACAUCUUCCGUGUCUUCCCAGGUCAACAAGUUUACCCCGCCAGUCAAAAUUAAACUUGCAGUACAUACCACGACAACCACACGUUCCCUCCUUUAAAACCAGUCACGGCAUUCACAGCCAUCUACUUCACUUCUUCAUCCCGUUUCCAAAAUCUCUGAGUGAGAUAUCAUGCGAGCGAGUUCACGCUUCGCAGCUGGCCUUGCUUUGGCAGGUUCUUUUUUGACUGGCGUUGACGCCGCUAUUCAGACAGUCACUCGCAAUGGAAGAUACCUCUAUACUGCGGACGGAAACAGGUUUUAUAUCAAAGGUGUAGCCUACCAGGAGCAAGGUGCUGUGGUCGCGAGCGCAAGCAAUCCCUUUCUCGAACCAUCCACUUUCAUCGAUCCCUUGGCCGACGGCACUGCAUGCACCCGUGAUCUUCCUUACCUGCAGCAGCUUGGUGUCAAUACCAUCCGUGCUUAUAGCGUUAACUCAUCGCUGAACCAUGACUCUUGCAUGCAAACGUUCAGUAACGCUGGUAUUUAUACCAUCAUCGAUCUUUCUCUACCCGGGAAUGGUUCGAUGGACCGGAACGCGCCGACCUGGACCACCAAUCUACUUGAUUUAUACAUCGAGACUAUCAAUGUCUUCUCAAAAUUUAACAAUGUUUUGGCUUACAAUGUUGGAAACGAAGUAAUCAUUCAACCUAACGGUACCGCUGCCGCUACCUUCGUCAAGGCUGCUGCUCGUGAUGUGAAAGCAUACCUUAAUUCUAUCAAGUCUAGCGCGCUCGUUGGGUACGCGUCCAUCGAUGGAGAUGCUACAUGGCUUGAUCCUCUGGCCAACUACUUGUCCUGUGAUCCUUCUGGUUCAAACUCCGGUGCAGCUGCCAUCGAUCUAUUCGGGUUGAACAACUAUGAAUGGUGUGGAAACUCAACCUUCGAGGCUUCUUAUGCCGGCACAGAGGGCAACUUUGCAGGUUACAAUGUUGCAGCCUACUUCAGUGAAUACGGGUGCAUUACUUCUCCCCCUCGUCUGUGGACAGAAGUCGGAGCGCUUUUUAGCUCGCAGAUGUCUCCCGUUUGGUCCGGUGGUGUCGCAUUCUCCUACUUCCCAGCUACGAGUGUUCAGGGACAGUUCGGUAUGGUUACGAUCUCAACUGAUGGAAGCACUGUCACUCCAAGCAGCGAUUUCACCAACCUACAAACUCAGUAUGCCGCUGCGUCGCCACCUAAUUCGCCUUCGCAGAGCGCUGCGGGCACUACCAGCUACCCCUCGUGCCCUCAGCAGAACUCAACUUGGCUUGCCUCCAACACUCUUCCCCCCACGCCCAACUUUGCUGCUUGCCAGUGUCUCGAAAAUAAUCUCAGCUGCCAGUUCACUCCUACGACCAGCAACUACACGGCAAUCGUUGGAUCGUUGCUAAAUUACGCGUGCAGCCUUAUCGGGCAGGCCGGUGGAACGUGCGCCGCAAUUUCUUCCGACGGGACAACAGGAACAUACGGUGCGGUAUCUGAGUGCGACCCCACCAUAAUGUUGUCCUAUGUGAUGAGCGAGUACUACAUAGCAAACGGGGCCAACGCUCAAUCGUGUAGCUUCGGUGGGAACGGAACCGUCAACAGCAAGGCACCAUCCAGCGCCAGCGCUGCCAAUGCCGCGGCAACGUCCUGUCUCGCGAGUGCUACGGGCGCAUCCGUCCCCACUCUCCCUGCGGAUGCCCCGAGUGCCACUGUGACAACUUCGAGUUCGGGUAGCGGAAGUGGUUCAUCUAACGCCGCAUCAGUUGUUCUCGCUGAUGCCAGGACCCUAAUGGGCAUGGGAGUCCUUGUUGCAGCUGGUAUCGCUAGUGGACUCUGGACCAUAGCUUGAGCUAAUGAUGUGAUGGACUUUCGUAUUUAUGGAUGAUUUUUCUGGAGUACCGUAUAUCCAUUGGUAUACUACACACACUAAUAUUGUAGAUUUACAUUCUGAAACACAUUCCUUCGCCGUACCCAGCUGCAGCAUAUUUGAA